GUGUAUUGAUCCAAUACCAUUGAGCUUAGUGGGACGUCUCAGCUGUCAUAACACACACACCCUCAACACGCCUGCUUCAGCCAUGCUUUGUGGUCGGGUGGCUGAAAAGAUGCACAUUUUGUAAGAAAUGAUCUCUCUGAAAACUAAAAAAGCAAAUGUGAGUGCGUGAGAUACGGUCUGCUAACGUUAGAGGUUUCUGUCAUCCGGUUUGUGUGAACAGCAUCAGCAGGAGACCUCUGUUUGUGUUACUCAACUAUACUUGUGUAACACAUGAAUGGUGGCUAACGUUAGCAGUGACUCUUAGCUGCACCAAAGUCAAGCAGUGUAAGUUACAAAAGCUUAUUUAACCAGCGACUGUGCAUCUGUUUAACUAGGUACAUACAGUUGCCUGUAGUCACUUUAGUUGGUUCAGCGUAUUUUCCAGAUGUUUUCCAGAGGAAAAGCAUGUUUUGCAUCCGGGUUAGCCAGAUGGUAUAGUUGUGUAAAUGCAAAGACUGCUAUUAAAGUGACGCCUGCACUGUGCAGACAUCAGCAUCGGACCUGCAGCUCUGAGUCUGGUGUCAAGGUGCUGUAUGAUGGGCUUUGUCCCAUAUGUGUGACGGAGAUCCGGUUCCUCCAGUUCCUGCAGAAAAACCGGCCUGGGAGGGUAGAUUUCGUCGACAUUUCGCUUUCAGGCUAUGAUGGAGAAAAAUACAAGGGUGUCAGCUAUGAGAUGGCCAUGGAGGAAAUGCAUGUGAUUGAUGAGAAAGAUCAGGUUCAUCGUGGGGUCCCAGCAUUUGCAGUCAUGUACAGCGCAGUGGGCCUUGGUUGGUUGGGUCGCUUCAUGAUGUGGCCGCCUGUGAGACCAUUAAUGGACAAGUCCUAUGCCGUCUUCGCCCAGAAUCGCUUAAAGUGGACCGGGCGUGGGGAAGAGUGCACCACGGGACGCUGUGAAAAGAAAACACGUUGA